GAAGGAGGAGAAGGAGGAUGGCCUAAUAUUUUAGUGAGGGAAAAGCUGUAGUAUUACAGGCACUGCUGGACGAUGUCAUGAGUCUCCUCCUCCUCCUCUCUCACAGCUCCACGUCCGCUCAGACAUCCACGCACAUGGUUCACGCUUUCUUCACAGAGAACAGAUUUGAUGCGGAAAGAAAAAUGCGAUGAGACUCGGCUGAAACUCUAGGCUUGAGGUGAGCGGACCCUUGUGUGCUUGAUGGUCCAACAUUCCUUAUUCCUGAUUUUUGUAGUACCCUUGCCUCUUGAGUUCAGUCUUCCCAGUUCAUCAUGGGGGACACCGACUCCACCAGCUCCAUGCGUCUGAAGCAAGAGAUCUCGUUACUGCAUGGUGUUUGCCUCAUCGUGGGGAACAUGAUUGGCUCGGGCAUCUUCGUUUCCCCCAUUGGUGUUCUUGAGAAAACAGGAUCUUACGGUCUGUCUUUGGUGGUUUGGGUUAUUGGAGGAAUCUUCUCUGUUUUUGGUGCCCUGUGCUACGCCGAGCUGGGCACCACCAUUCGCAAAUCAGGAGCCAGUUAUGCCUACAUCCUGGAGACCUUUGGUGGCUUCCUGGCCUUUAUCCGUCUGUGGACCUCGCUGAUGAUCGUGGAGCCGGCCUGCCAGGCAGUCAUUGCUCUUACUUUUGCUAAUUACCUAGUGAAACCAUUCUUUCCCACCUGCCCGGCACCAUAUGAUGCAGUACGGCUCAUUGCAGCUCUCAUUAUAGGUCUUCUGACCGUUGUGAACUGCAUGAAGGUGAAGUGGGGGGCCAUUCUUCAGGUCAUCUCUACUUUUGCUAAAGUUCUGGCUCUCAUAGUCAUUAUCAUCGCUGGAAUGGUUGUGCUGGCCCAAGGAAAAACAAACAACUUUAAAGAUUCGUUUGAGAACUCUAAGCUGGAUCCAGGAAACAUGGCUCUGGCUCUGUACGCCGCUUUGUACUCUUACUCAGGCUGGGACACUCUCAACUUCAUCACAGAGGAGAUUAAAAACCCAGAGAGAAACCUGCCAUUGUCAAUUGCGAUCUCCAUGCCCAUUGUCACAGUAAUCUACAUCCUGACUAAUAUCGCCUACUAUGCAGUGCUGGACAUGGAUACAUUGCUAUCGAGUGAAGCCGUGGCUGUGACGUUUGCUGACUAUGUGCUGGGAUAUGCUAGCUGGCUCAUCCCUAUAUCUGUGGCUAUCUCCUGUUAUGGAGGCUUAAACUCCUCUAUCAUUGCUGCCUCCAGGUUAUUCUUUGUGGGCUCACGUGAGGGUCAUUUACCCAAUGUCCUCUGCAUGAUUCAUGUCAAGCGCUACACACCAAUUCCAGCCCUGCUGUUUAACGGUGGCAUGUCACUCAUAUUCCUCUGUGUGAAAGAUGUGUUCCAGCUAAUUAAUUACUUCAGUUUUAAUUACUGGCUGUUCAUCGGCCUUUCCAUAGGCAGUCAAAUCUACCUGCGUAUUAAAGCACCUGACCUGCCCCGUCCUGUUAAGCUGAGUCUGUUCUUCCCUAUAGUGUACUGUAUGUGCAGCGUGUUUCUGGUGAUUGUACCACUCUACAGUGACACCAUAAACUCUCUGGUGGGAAUCAUUGUUGCGCUCUCCGGGGCUCCUGUGUAUUACAUAUGUGUUCACCUCCCGCCUAGCUCCAGACCCGCCUUUCUGGGACACAUGCUCGAUACACUUUCAUUGCAAACACAGAAGCUGUGUUAUUGUUGCGUGGCAGAACCCGGUUUGGACCUGGACAAUCCGCCUGAGGAUCACAAAAAAGAAUAAACACCGGCUCUAAAGGAAGCUAAACCAAUAAACCUGGAUUGCCUAGACUUCUUUGAGAAUAAGCCAAAAUUCCAGCCAGAACCGCAUGUCUGCACCUUCCAGUCUGAGCGUGUAUGGAAUGGAGCAAUGCAUGUUGAUGGAGAUUAGGAUUGAAAUAUUUAUCUGAGUAAACAACUGAACAUACACACAUACGCACACCCUGUGCCUCUGAUCCCUCAGACCUGUGACUGUUUUAAAUGCUAAGUUCAGUCCAGUGGACACAAUGCAGUUAAAGACCGUUGUCAAUGUGACCGUAAUAUGGUGUUUUCUUGAAAUCAGAUUCACCGCCUUGUUUUAUUCUUAAACUUUUAGAUUGUUUUUCCUUUUGUGAGAUUCACAUCAGUUUUACGUAUAUGAGGCUCCUUAGAUGAUCAACUUUUGUUAGGCCAGUUAACUGAAAUCGGUAGAGAAAUUCAUGUUGCAUUUGCUAGAUAAUGAAUCUUGUUUACUGAGAUGAAGGAUUGUUUUAUUGGUACUCCAGACUUCAAAGCCAUAUCUUUUUUAUACUUAUAGCUCCGGUUGGUAAAAUGACUUUUAAAGAUGUUACUCAAGUUUAACUAAUUUUGGGCCUACUUAUAUAAAGAUUUCUUUCUCAUAUCAAGUGUGUCAUUUUAGUCCAAAGCACAGAACGUUUUUUCCUCGUUUAAUCCAGACCAGAUAAUUGUAGACCUGUUGGUUUUAGAAUUUGCUUUUAUUUUUAGUGACUGGCGUUUGAAUAAUGUCUUUCUGUUUUGUCUGUCAUUUACAUGCUGUUUUAUGCUGGAUUAUUUUCUUUUGUCCCCAAAAAGUAAUGUGAAGGUACAGUUUGUAUUUGCAUAAAUGCUGGGGAAAGCACUGUUUUAUGGGAGCACUGUCAUUGUGUGCAGAUACUACAGCGGAAAUGUGUUGGAUUUACCGUACACGGCCAUAUAAAACAGCAGCAUUUGAGUUUACGAGAGGGGAGACGGUGUCUUAACAUGUCCGCCAGUUUUGGUCAAUCUCAGAUUCAGAUGUUUCUAAAUAGUUUUAUUUUGUAUGUUUGUUGACAAGCACAUAUAACACUUUAAUAACUGCCGGUCAGAGGUGACAUUUUCUAGGAUUUCUAGAUGAGUCCAUCAGUUCCUCAUCAGAUGGACCUUUUAGGAUAAUAAACCAAAGAAUUGGUUAUAGGAAUACCAGCAAUUACGAAGCCUUAUGAUGCUCUUGGUAGUAGAGCUUUAAUAUGUCUUAAAGCUGCUAUAUAACGGUACAUCUUGCCAUUGCUCUUUUAUAUUGUAACUGGUCAUCCUUCUGCCCGAUACAGUGACCAAAGUCAUAUUUUAAUCCAUCCAGAAUAUGUCCUGCCCUGAUGUUGUUCAUUACAUAUACUGUUUAAACGUGGAUUGUCUUAAGUACUGUAUGGUUAUUAUAUGUGCCUUAAGCGGUUGUGGAUUAUAUGGCCAGGUGAUCAAUAUUUUGUGAAGAACAUUCAAAUAUACUACUUUGAGUCUUUUGGGUGUCGAUGUUACAAACCUAUGCUCUUCUUUCAUUACAUUCCAUUAUGUUUUUACGUUCAUGUGAGACUGUGGUCCUGUUUAUUGAUUUCUUUUAUUUAUUCCACAGAUGUAGAAUUACACAUUAAAUGACAAUAAACAUAAGACAGAAAGAAA